GACUUGAAAAAAAAUUAAGCAGAGAAUUCUUGUAUGCUAUAAAUACCAGAGGGUUUCAAAACCCUCCAGCCUCCAUUGUCAGGGUUUAAGGAAGCUCCAAUUUCUUUCUUCCAAUUCAUUCUUCGAAGCUCGAUUUCCUCAUUUCGUCUUCCUAACCAUUGCUCUGAAAACCGAUGGCUGCUUGUGCUAGUACAGCGAGAUUCCUAAUUUCAAGAGCAACAUCGUCCAGAAUCUUCCACCAACUUCUCCAACCUCGCCCUCAUGAUUCUCCUCCAAUACACUCUCAUUUCCUCAGAAACUUCCACUUCUUCGUCUCCCGAGAGUUCCACUCUCGAAGUUUCCAGAAUCUUCGUCCCGCUUUUUCCAAACGCAGCAUGGUCUCGGCCCCCGACCAGAGUCUCGACGAGUCCUCCACUGCUGCCACCACCGCUCUCGGCCUCGAUAACCGUGUCCCAGCCACCAUCAUCACCGGUUUUCUCGGUUCUGGAAAGACGACUUUGCUGAAUCAUAUUCUCACUUCGCAGCAUGGAAAGCGGAUUGCAGUGAUUGAAAAUGAGUUUGGUGAGGUGGAUAUUGAUGGAUCAUUGGUUGCUAGUCAUUCCUCUGUAGCAGAAGAUAUUGUCAUGGUUAACAAUGGUUGCCUAUGUUGUACUGUACGCGGAGAUCUGGUUAAAAUGUUGUUGGAGUUGGUUAAGAAGAAAAGAGAUAAAUUUGAUCACAUUGUUAUUGAAACCACAGGACUCGCUAAGCCUGGUCCUGUUAUAGAAACUUUUUGUAUGGAUGAACUAGUCUCUCGGUAUGUGAAACUGGAUGGAGUUGUUACUUUGGUUGAUGCCAAGCAUGUAGUGCAGCAUCUGGAUGAAGUGAAGCCAAGAUUUGUGGUGAAUGAGGCGGUAGAACAAAUUGCUUAUGCUGAUCGAAUUAUUUUAAACAAGAUAGAUUUAGUGACUGACACUGAGUUGGAGAUAUUGACUAAGAGAAUCAAGCAUAUCAAUGGGAUGGCACAAAUUAAGCUAGCAAAAUUUGGAUCCGUCGACAUGGACUUUGUUUUAGGAGUGGGAGGAUAUGAUCUUGAAAGGAUAGAUUCUGAAGUUCAAGUAGAUAGUUCCUGUUCUGGAACCCAUCUACAUGAACCUGGACAAGAAUGCCAUGAUCAUCAGCAUCAUCAUCAUCAUCAUCGUCGUCAUGAUCAUGUACAUGAUUCAGCUGUCUCUAGCAUUAGUAUUGUGUCCGAGGGAACCCUUGAUCUUGAUGAGGUUGAUGAUUGGCUUGAAAGACUAAUUGAAGAAAAGGGAGAGGACUUAUACAGAAUGAAGGGUGUCUUAUCUGUAAAUGGAUCAGAUCAGCGUUAUGUAUUUCAGGGGGUGCAUUCCACAUUGGAUGGCUGUCCAGGCAAUACAUGGGGAUCCGAUGAAAAGAGGAUUAACAAGCUUGUGUUUAUAGGAAGAAAUUUGGAUGAAGUUGCUCUAAGGAAAGCUUUCAAAGGGUGUUUAGUAUGAUGGAAAAGGUCGGCUCAUAUUCAAUUUUGUGACAGUGGAUCAAUGCGCUGAGAACAUGCUAAGAACGGCACAUAGAAUCACCGGGUGAGUGUAAGAUAAUGAAUAAUUUUUUUUGGCAGACUUGUUACUCAACUAUUUAUCUUCUGUGAUUAAUCCAUUUUGUUAAAAGAUGAUAGUUGUUUUCUUCUUUUUUUCCUCGAUGAUAUUGGGGGUGGGAAUUUCGAACUCAGUAUCAUUGUUUAAGGAAGCACUGUAUUAUAUUGACUUUGAAAGAUGAUGGUUGAAAUUUAACUAUUGAAGACUUAAGCUAGUAAAGAUUGUUAAAGAUUUAGUAAACAUUGAAUAUUUGUACUUUCACAAUGAUGAAGAGUUUGUUUACCGGACAUUUAAACGAACAUUAUUAUUGAAUGUAGAAUUGUUUGAAACA